CGAAACCAACCGGCCACGUGUCCAUGCCUCCCUUCCUCCCUAUAAAUUCCCAGCCCGUCGCCUCCGCUUUCCCCAAUCCAGUCUCCCCCAAUCCCAAUUCCCAACCGCCAUCGGCAGGCAAGCGAUCGAAAGCAAAGAGGCUCUCGCGAUCAUCUCGACAAGAUGCAGAUCUUCGUCAAGACCCUCACUGGCAAGACCAUCACCCUUGAGGUCGAGUCCUCAGAUACAAUUGACAACGUCAAGGCAAAGAUCCAAGACAAGGAGGGGAUCCCACCGGACCAACAGCGUCUGAUCUUCGCUGGCAAGCAGCUUGAGGACGGCAGGACGCUCGCUGACUAUAACAUCCAGAAGGAGUCCACCCUCCACCUCGUGCUCAGGCUCAGGGGUGGUAUGCAGAUCUUCGUCAAGACCCUCACUGGCAAGACGAUCACUCUAGAGGUUGAGUCCUCGGACACUAUCGACAAUGUGAAGGCCAAGAUCCAAGACAAGGAGGGCAUCCCACCAGACCAGCAGCGCCUCAUCUUUGCUGGCAAGCAGCUUGAGGACGGCCGCACCUUGGCCGACUACAACAUCCAGAAGGAGUCCACCCUUCACCUCGUGCUCAGGCUCCGUGGUGGCAUGCAGAUCUUCGUGAAGACCCUGACUGGGAAGACCAUCACCCUGGAGGUUGAGUCGUCCGACACCAUCGACAACGUGAAGGCGAAGAUCCAGGACAAGGAGGGCAUCCCUCCGGACCAGCAGCGCCUGAUCUUUGCCGGUAAGCAGCUCGAGGACGGCCGCACCCUGGCGGACUACAACAUCCAGAAGGAGUCUACGCUUCACCUGGUGCUGCGUCUCCGUGGUGGCCAGUGAAGUUGUUCGUCCCGGUGGGUUCAAAGGUCUCUGGUGGCGUCCCCAGUCCCCAGUUCAGUUGUCGUCGUGCUGGGUCUCUCUCCAAGUCGUGUUCUGUUUUCAGUUUCCGCUAUGAUCGUGAGUACCGUACUGUGCUGCAAACAUCUGCUGCCGUAAAGCAGCUUGGUUUCUGUUAUGGAUAAACCUGAUUUGCUUUA